CCUGCUCGUGGGCCAUGCUGGAUGUGUGACGAGUGUUUUCGUUAGGAUAUAGUUUUUUACACAAAUUAAUAAAACUAUCUUCAGUCAUGUCUGGGCGACAAAACAACAAAUUGCCAAAUAAUUUACCACAACUGCAGAACCUUAUAAAGAGGGAUCCGCAGUCAUACGUUGAAGAGUUUCUGCAACAGUAUCGCCACUACCAAUCCAAUGUUCAGAUCUUCAAACUGCAGCCUGAAAAGCCCAACAAAGAGUUGGCAGACCUCGUCAUGUUCCUCGCUCAGAUCGGACACUGCUAUCUGCAGCAGCUCUCCACCUUUCCUCAGGAGUUAACAGAACUACUACUUAGUCAUCACACAGUUCUGGAAGCAGAUCUACGAAUGACAUUCUGCAAGGCAUUGAUCCUUAUGAGGAACAAAGACCUGAUCAACCCCACAGGCCUCCUAGAGCUCUUCUUUGAGCUACUGCGAUGUCAUGACAAACUCCUCAGAAAGACAUUGUACACACACAUCGUAGCAGAUAUCAAAAACAUCAAUGCUAAGCACAAAAACAACAAAGUGAAUACAACAUUACAGAAUUUCAUGUACACCAUGCUCAGAGACAGUAAUCCUAUAGCGGCAAAGAUCUCUCUCGAUGUAAUGGUUGAGCUCUACAAAAGGAAUAUAUGGAAUGAUGCCAAAACAGUUAAUGUCAUUACAACAGCAUGCUUCGCUAAGGUGACAAAGGUCCUUGUAGCAGGUGUGAAGUUCUUCCUGGGCAAAGAUGAGGAUGAAAAGAAUGAGAGUGGUUCGGAGUCAGACGAGGAAGGACCAUCAUCCAGAGAUCUGAUGGUGAGGUAUUCUACUGGCAGGAAGACAUCCAAGAACAAAAAGAAGAUGGAGAAGGCGAUGAAAGUCCUCAAGAAACACAAGAAGAAGAAGAAAGCAGAAGUUUUUCAGUUCUCUGCAAUUCACCUAAUUCACGAUCCCCAAGAUUUUGCAGAGAAACUCCUCAAGCAAUUGGAAAACUCCAAAGAGCGCUUUGAGGUGAAAAUCAUGAUGAUGGAGCUCAUUUCUAGACUGGUUGGAAUUCAUGAGCUAUUACUCUUCAACUUCUAUCCCUUCAUCCAGAGGUAUAUCCAACCCCAUCAAAGAGAGGUGACCAAAAUUCUCUUGUGUGCUGCCCAGGCUUCUCACCAACUAGUUCCACCUGAGACCAUCGAACCUGUGAUCAUGACCAUUGCCAACAACUUUGUAACAGACAGGAACUCUGGGGAGGUGAUGACUGUGGGCAUCAAUGCCAUCAAGGAGGUGGCAGCUCGCUGUCCCCUUGCCAUCAAUGAAGACCUGUUGCAGGACCUGGCUCAGUAUAAGACCCACAAAGACAAGAAUGUGAUGAUGUCUGCCAGGGGAUUGAUCCAGUUAUUCAGGACCCUAAACCCACAGAUGCUGCACAAAAAAGACAGGGGGAAACCCACAGAGUCAUCAGCAGAGGCCAGGAUCCUGGACUAUGGAGAGCUGGAAGCUAAAGAUUACAUCCCUGGAGCAGAGGUCCUAGAGGUAGAGGAGGGGAAAGGAGAGGAAGAGGACAAUGAGGAGGGCUGGGAGAGUGCCAGCAUUAGUGAUGAGGAUGAUGAAGAUGGGGAGUGGGUGGAUGUUCACCACUCCUCUGAUGAGAAUAAUGAAGAAUUGAAAGAGAAGCUUCAGGGCAUGCCAGUUGAGGAAAGAAAGGCUAAGGCAGCAACAGUAAGUGGGAGCAGGCUACUCACCCAGGAUGACUUCAAGAAGAUUCGUCUGGUCCAGUUGGCCAAGGAGGUCAAUGCUGCACCGGGCAAGGGGCAGAAGAGGAAGGAUGUAGACGAUGAUGAAGAGGACGAAAGCAGAGGGGAGAUACUGACUUUGAGGAACAUUGAGAGACUGCAUAAGAAGCCAAAAUCGGACAAGGAAACGCGGCUGGCAACAGCAAUGGCUGGGCGAACAGAUCGAAAAGAGUUUGUCAAGAAACACACCAAGUUGAACCCCUAUGCCAGCACCAGCAACAAGGAGAAGAAGAAGACGAAAAACUUCAUGAUGCUGAGGCACAGCCAAAAAGUCAGGACCAAGGGAAAACGCUCCUUCAGGGAUAAACAGAUUGCUCUACGGAAUGCACUCCUGAAAAAGAAGAAGUUUAAGUAGGGCAUCUGGAUAUGGUGAAAGUGUUAUCACCUUUGCCGUCACUCUUUUAUAUUGGAUGGCUACCCUGAAUCCCUGAACUUGCUGUUUGACAGUAUUUAAGUGGCUUGUAAAAUCUUGUCAUUUUGAUCAAUAGAUAUUCUAUAAUUUUCGUUUGCUCAGUUAUUUAAAUUGAGCACAAAUAAAUCGUUUAUUUGAUGAUUCUUUAGUGUGACUUUUUUUUAUUGUUAGUGAUAGGAUUAAGCCACAUUUUGCAUUUCUUGCAACCCAUGUAGUUUUAACUUUUAUACUCAUCACAUGAAUUCACUUAUAAGUAUAUAUAAAAAUAUUAUAACAUACUAAACUAUAUCAAUUUGUGAUGAAGGUAACGAUCUUAAUAUUCUGCAUAUUACUUGUAACAGUUGUGUAAAGUUUUGGAAGGGGGCUAUUAUAACUAUUUCAUUUUGAGCUAUACUAGGGACUGAAAAGUAAUUUAGUUUUGCUUAACAAGCAGUAAUUUUAACAAAAAUAUGUAAUGCAUUCAGUUUCUAAUUUUAAAAUAAUGAGAGACUGUAGAGAUUUGUCAAAGAGUAAUUUUUUAGUGACAUUUGAUGACAGCCAACAAUGCUUAGUAUUGUUCCGUGUUGGCUUGGUUCUCUAACUCCGGUUUUGCGAUCAUAUGAUUUAGAUAGAAUUUAUUCUUUACAUCCAUCUCUGCUCAAUUCUUACCAAGGGACAAUUUAAAAGCAAUACAGUGAUCACAUUUUCCACUCUGCAUUUUUUAGGAAUGUAAAAUAACCACUUUAUAGAUCAUUUUCAGUUUUAACAUACCAAAGCCAUGCUCAUAAAAGGGAAAAAUAACACUGAAAAAAAAUUUGUCACUAUCAAAUUAAAUGAAACAUUAAUUUCAAAGUUCUCGCUGAAUCCAUUAUUGUUGAUUGUUGGUUGUUAUGCACCAUCAGCAGUGUAUAAAAGAGUCUGUUGUUGGCCAUAUGUUUCAGAUUUAUUAGCUUGACUUGAAAGCCGUUCACAUGAAUCUAGAGAAAUAUGUUCAAAAUGUCCUGUUUGGUGAUCGUUUGUAAUAAUGUUUAGUUGCUCAAAACCAUGACAACUUGCACCACACUAAUACAGUAAAGGACACGCAAGGAUACACAUGACUCAAUAACAGGCCCAGUUGUGGAAUUGGCUCAGAAAGGAGAGAGGCAUACUUGUAUUGAUUACUUCAAAUGCUUAAACCAAUAACAAAGGCAGUUUUUACUGUUGUGGUAAAUUGGACUCUGUAGACUUGUCGAAAACCUUUAACAGGUGAAAAAAAAGUGCUGUUACUUUUUAUUGUCUACACUUGUGACAUCUCCAGCUUCUUGCAUUAAAGACGAUCCAACGCCUUCAUUUUUGUAAUUUGGCAAAGUUUGUCGAAGGUGUUUACCUGAACUCAACCAGAUUUGGGGAACAAGUCUGUUUUAGCCCUCAUCCUUCCUGAGAGAGGAAA